AUGGGCGAUCGUACGGCCGAGAUCGGUACAGUUCCGGCGGGAGUGACGGGGAGCGCAUACCGGCGGGAAGGGCUUUUGGGCGGGGGCGAGGGCGGGAGGGGGGAUGGGCAGGGGGAAGAGGCGGGCGCGGGGAAGGAUGGGGCGGGGAACGACGCAGGGAGCCUGCGGAAGGUAGGCCCGCGGGGAGGGCUCCCGCGGGGGGCAGGGGCCAGGGGGGAGCCUGGGGCGGGGAACGAGGAGGGUUUAAGCGGGGGUUUGGGGGGGAGUGAGGGGGAGGCGGGCGGGGAGGAGUGGCGGAGGCGGAAGGUGGGGUGGCUUGCGCGAGAGGUGGCAGCGGUGGUGCCGAGUGCGCUGGUGCGGCUGCUGAACACACAGAAGCAGUGGAUGCGCAUGGGCGACCUGAUCGCUGUAGUGGAGAGCCUUAUAGCGAGGAAGGAGGUGGUUCGCGGGAUACGGGUCUUUCAAUGGGCGCUGCACACGCCCUUCUUCUCCCCCUCCGCCUCCCCCCCUAUCCUCUCCGCCCUCCUCCUCUCCGCGGCCGCCCAGGGGAAGAUCCGCCACAUGCUCCCCCUCCUCUCCUCCGCGCUCCCCCAGGGCGUUUCCCCGUCUCGCCCUGCUUUUGAAGGGGUAAUCCGGUCGCUGCUCCUCGCCGCGAAACGGGCGGAAGAGUGGAAAUGGGUAGGCGGGAAGGGAGGGGGGGGGAGCAGAGGGAGGCGUGGGGGGAAGAGCGGGGGGAAACGGGGAGGGGGAAGGGCAGGGGGGAGGGGAAGGGGAGGGGAAAGUGGAGUGGUGGAGGAGGAGGGGGAAGGGAAUGGGGCGAGAGGCAUGGGGAGGAGGAUGAGGGAGGAGAUGGUGAGACUGGAGGAGAGUGCAUGGGAGGUGUAUGGUAUGAUGCAUGGCUUGGGAGGGAGCUCACAAUCAGUGCCACCACUACCAUCAGCAGAGGGACAAAUUCCCCAAGCAGCAUUUAACCCCCUCGCAGAAUCCGCGCCCUCCUCUCCCUCCUAUCCCUCCUCCCCCUCCUCUUCCUCCUCUCUCUCCUCCCCCUCCUCCCCCCCUUCCUCGAAGCUUCUCUACGAGCUAUAUGACGCGUUCAGCCGCCCAUCGGCCCGCGGCCGCCACGUCAGCAAGCUGGAGCAGCUACUUAAAGACCUGUCCUCCCUAGGAGCCCCAACCACCCCCCUCAUGCACUCCCGCUUAGCACAGCAGCUGGCCUGCCUGGGAGAUAUUGACAAAGUCGACGCCCUUUUAGCUAAGAUGCGCUUAGCUAAGCUCCCGAUCCCGGCUCCUGCUCUAGAAGCGGCGGUGAUUGCCUGCGCUCGGGCGUACCACUCGCAGGGACCUCUCGGGCAGCAGGGGAAUUUCGGCCCGGGCAGCAGAGAAGUGUUUGGGGUGCUGACGGGCCUGCCCGAGCGGGCAGCGAGGGGAGUGAGGGAGGUGGAAGAGGCCGGGUUUCGGCCGAGUCAGGAAGUUCUAGUGGCCUUAAUGGAAGUGCUUAGUAAAGCGCAGAGAUACCGAGAAGCAGUGAGUGUAUGGCCGAAGGUGGUUGAAUCAGCCGAAGCUGCUGCUUCUUCUUCUGCUGUCGCUUCUGGUUCUGCUGCUGGAGGUGCCGAAGCUGCUGGUUCAGGCGGCAGGUCCGGGGCCGGACCGGCGUGGCAGGCUCGGCCGAGCCUGCGGGCGUAUAACGUGUAUGUGGAGGCGUUGAGUGGGGCGGGAGAGGUGGAGGCGGCAGAGGGUGUGGUAAGGGAGAUGGGUGAAAAGGGCAUGAGGCCACUUACCAAAGGGUUCAAUGCGGUGCUGAGGAUGCAUCGCACGUAUGACCUGCUGCUGCUGGCUCUUUCAGAGGCUGGGGAUGUGGCGGGCGUGGAGAGAGUGUAUGAGCACAUGCUGCGAGAGGGGGUGCGCGGUGGGGUGCAUAGGACAGGAGGGGAGGGAGAGGAGGAGGGAGAGGAGAGUGAGUGGGAGGGAGAGAGUGGAGGGGAGAGUGAGAAUGAGGAGGAGGAGGAGGCCGGCGGCAUGGUAGCUGGGGCUGUCAGUCGAAGGGGAGGGAGAGGAAGGGAGAGUGUGGGAGCGGCGGAGGGGAUUGAUGGGAAGAGGGGAGGAGGAGCGGUGGUGAGGGGUAGGCGGUUCAACCUGCAGGGGCGAGUGAGGGAGGCGGUGGAGGGAUUGCUGGGGGUGGAAAGAGUGAGAAGGGAUGAGGCAUGGGCUGCUGUUGUGGCGGACCGAGGGGGAUCCACAGCAGAAGGAACACCCUUCUUCGGAGGAGGAGAAGGUGGCAUGGGUGGGACCGGGAGAGGCUGGGGGACGGGUUUGCCAGGGGAGGGGGAUGUGGCAAUGGGUCUAAGGCUAACCAGGGAGCAGCGGCAGGUGCUGGUGGGGGCUCUGUUAGCAGGGGCUGAGGUGGAGAGUACAGAUGGGGGCGUGUCGUACUCGAUAAGUUUCUCCCAGCCUAUAGGAGCGGGCGGCGAGGAUUGGCGUAUGCGGGUGCUGGACUGGCUGUAUGAGGUGUUUCUUCCCUGGGUGGCUGCGCCGCCCGUGGAUGUGACUGUAAGGGGGGGAGGAGUUCCGGAAGGGGAGGGGGUUGGUGUGGGGAAGGAAGAGGGGAAUGUGGGGAAGGAGGUGGAGGAUGGGGGCGACACCAUUCGGGUGCGCACAUUCGCUACCAUUGCGCACCCCUCUUUGCAGUUCUACGCCCGGCAGUUUCGUCCCGUAGUGAGGGAUGCGGCUGGCAAACGGGGCGGCAGUGAGGCGGCAGUUCCUCGUCUUAUUCAUCGGUGGCUGUCGCCCCGAGGCAUGACGACGUGGCUCAUGUAUAAUGGGUGGGCUAUUAGAGGGGAUGGAGGCAAGGGAAGGAGAGAGGUAGAGGGAGAGGGAGAGGAAGAGGCGGUGGGGGCGAGGGCUGAAGAGGCGAAACAAUCCGCUGAUAACAAGGGUGGUGGUGGUUAUAGCCUGGUUUUUGGAGCAGAGGGGUAUUCGGCCAAGGAGGCGGCACUGGUUGUAGCCGCGGUGGGUGCGAGAGUGGAAGACUGCGCAUGGAAGAAGGGGGCUGGGGGGAAGAAUAAUGCCAUGAGGUUUAGUGGAUCAUCUGUGCAGGUUCUUUGGCAGGCCAUGGAGCCGUAUGUGGUGGAGGAGGCGAGGGAUGUGCUUGGUCCUCUAUGA